UGUAUAUCGAUAUAUCGUUGCCAUUCCUUUUGUGCACUAAGCUAAGAAAAGUGUGGUUAAGUUACUGGCGAUUCCAAAAUUUGUUUGUUUGGAUUUCUUUUUCAGGAGGUGGUUGUUUCAUUUUUCUGUGUUGUGCCGUGCUUGCAUAUUUGUGUUUGUCGAAUAAAAGCUUUGUUAAUUUCAAUUAUGAAAAAGUCAACUUAUUCUAUUUGUGGAUUUUUGUGUUUGAGUCUGCUUAUAAGUAGAGGUGCUGCUUCUCUUUGGUGCUACCAAUGCGUAUCAACACAACCAGGAUGUGGCACUCCGUUCCAAUGGAUAUGGCAUUGGACAAAAAUAUGUCCUGAAGAGGACGAUGUUUGUGUUAAAGUUUUAGAGAAAAAAGAUGGGGAAACAGUUAUAACGCGUGACUGUCUGAGUUCUCUGAGAGCCAUCCGUACUGACAUCCCAGCAGAUCAUUACGAAGGGUGCAGACCAGCUGCUGUUGAUGUGAAAUUAGCAAAUUAUGUUAACAAUUCAAUUAAAGAAUUGGACAUUUACAGAAAUUACUAUGAUGAAACAACCUGGUGUUUCUGUUUCCUGGAUUAUAGAUGUAAUAGUUCGUCCAAUUUAUAUCCAUCAAUUUUGAUGGCUUUUGCUAGUAUAGUUUUUAUUCUAAUACCAUUAGUAACUAGAUAGUGUUUUAUAAUAAUUGACAAACCUAGCUAGAAGCUAUAAGGAAUCUGGUGGAAAAAUUUUAUUAUGUAUUUAAGAAACCUAUUUUAGGAUUUAGAAGACUCCAAAAGUUUUACUCAAAAUAAUUUGCAUUAGCAAAAUUGAUAGGUAUUAGUAGGUAGUUAUUUAUGAUAUAAGUGCUAAAAGUGACAUUUUAUUUUGUGAAAAGGGAAGUUUGGGUUAGUUUGGGUUAGUCCAUCCCUUUGAACAAAAUAAAAUCAUUUUUAGCAAUGAUUAGUUUUAGCACUCAGUGCUAAAAGUAAUCACUUUUAACACCAGUAUCAUAAAAUGGCAUUCCACACACUGACAGUAUCCGUUAAAAAUGACACUUUUAGUGACGUUUGUAGAAAAAAAGAUAUUUUCAUAUGCAAUGUAUAAUGGAAUUUAUUCACUAUGUGAUAUAGGACCGUCCAUAUUAAUUUUAUUAUGUAUUGUAAUUUUAAUAAGAUUUUGUUACACUUUUUACUAUAGGUUAAAUUAAAAAAAAUUUGAAUUAAGAGAUUGUAAUUUUGUUAAAGUGGGUGGGGCGUGGGGCAUAACAUACUUCUAACCAAUUCC